AGCAUUCACUCAGAAGUCGUUUAGAAUCGUUUGUCGUGGUCGGUAUUCGGUAUUCGAUAUCGGACUCUGCUGUCGGUGCCCAUUUGAAGAACGCAAACAGCUAGCGUCAUCGUCGCCGUGUUUGAGCAACCUGGACGGGACGCGUACGCGCAAAACGCUUAACGUUAUAGUACAAGUGGCUCGGCCGGAUACGCAGCAGGCGCAGAAAACCCGGAGCAUAUUUUGACGUUGACGUAUCUAAAGUCAAAUUCAAUUUGCGCGCCGGCCAAUUAUAAACCAUUUUAAUUAAGUAAAGUGGAUUAAUUUGCGACUCGUUAGACUAAUUAAGGAUUAUCGCCAACAGCAACGGCGGCGCACAAGCUGUUUGAGAAAACACGGCUACCCAAAGGAUAUGUGAAAGAACAACGACAACAAAACGUGACCUUUCAAAAUAAACGCUAUAAAUAGCUAAACAGUAAAAGACAACAACAUCAAGAGCAAAGGCAAAAAAUAAAAUAAAUAAAUAAAAUAAAAACAAAAUACCCAAGCCGCCCACAAGGAGAAACAUUUAAUUGGAUUUCAGUUCGCCUUGGCUUUUCGGAUACAAUUAACCGUUUGGCGCUGAGCCACCACGCCCACUUAAGAGCCAAUUAGCUGCGCCCUAAAUGAUGCCCGAAACUGAACGCGAAUCGUUGGUGGCAGCAGAAAUGAUCAGCGGCGCCUUGGCGCAUGGUUAUGGCAUAGUCAAAGACAAACAGCAACAACACCAACACCAGCAACAGCAGCAUCAGCAUCAGCAUCAGCAUCAGCAGCAUCAACAGCAGCAACAGUUACAGCAACAGCUGCAAUCAGAAUCAGCCACGGCUUACAAUAUGGCCAUCAACUCGUAUGUCUACAGCAGCUCAUUGACAAUACCGCCCUCGGCGGCAUCAAUGGUCAGUCCCAGCAGCAAGGAGAAGCUGGUUAAUAUGCUGCGAGUGCGCGAUAAUAACAGCGGCAGCAGCAGUAGUGCUAGUCCCAUCUCCGCUGGAAGUUCACCCACGACGUUUCUACAGAAGCAGCUGGAGGCACCUUCUAGUCGUCAAUCGGCUACCCAGCAGCAACAGCCACAGCAAACGCAGCAACUACAGCUGCAGCACCAGCAGCGACGCUCCUUAACUCCCUUUCCCACCAACAUAGCCACAUCCACUCCGAACCAUACAGCUAGCUGGCAUGCUCAUGUCUAUGCACGUCCGCCUAAUAGACCCACGCCCCAUUCAAUCGCAGACAUACUGGGCAUGGCCAUGGCCGAUAAAAUUGCAUACGAGGGCGCCGUGGCGGCCGCUUCUGCUGCUGCUGCUGCCGCCGUUUCUACAGUCACCGCCAACAGUUCGGCCACUUCACCAAAGAGCAUUCUGCGUAAUAUUGAGCAGCAGUAUGCACAGCAGCCCCAGGAACAGGAACAGCGCACACAUCGCAGCGCCUCAAUGAGCGAUGUCAGUGAGGAGGAUAGUGCAGUCAACUCAACAGCAACAACAACAGCAUCAAUAGCAGCAACAGCAGCAACUGCGCCAGCAGCCGCAGCAGCAACAGCAGCAAAUGUCACUGCGGCAGCAGCGCUCGAUCAGCCAUUGAAUCUGUGUGUGGCCAAAAAGUCGCGGGACAGCAACUCCACGUCACCAAUGCCGGCGGCCAGGCAAAACCAUCUGCUGGGAAAGACCAGCGCUAAGAAGGAGCACUCGGGCAAGCCGGCAGCAAAGAAGAAGAAGCUAACGGUCGAUCUGCCGCUGGCCGUUAGUCCCACAGGCAGCAGCGACAGCUUAAUGCGGGAUAAGCUGCUGGCCAAUAAUAGUUCGCCCAGCAGCGCAACACACGCCGCCCCGCCGCAGAGCAACAACAGCAACCUGGAGACCACCGAGGAUGACUCCGACUCGGGCUCAACGGAUGCGCGCCGCAAGAAGAAGGCACGAACCACCUUUACGGGCCGCCAGAUCUUUGAGCUGGAGAAACAGUUCGAAAUCAAGAAAUAUCUCAGCUCCAGCGAACGCACCGAAAUGGCCAAGCUGCUGAAUGUCACUGAAACGCAGGUAAAAAUUUGGUUUCAAAAUCGACGCACAAAGUGGAAAAAACAGGAUAAUGUCACAAACAACGAGGCUGCCGAGCAUAAAUCGUCCAGGCCCACCUCAGCCGAGCAACAAACCAAAGGCAACAACAACAACAGCAACACUGGCGCUGCUGAUGAUGGCGGCUGUCAGCCUACGUCCAUCACGGCCAGCAACAUGGAGGCUACACCAAAGAAGGCGUCCAAUGGCCAAGGGGAUAAAUCACGCGGCAACAACAGUAGCAACAACGGAUCAACACCAACUAAAAGCGGCAGCGGUAAUAAUGAAAACAAAUUGCAAACAAAGCAUGCGACGACCAAAAUUAAAAAGCAAUUGAAUGCAUUGCUGGAGAAGACCGCAAAAGCCGCAAACAGCCCGGCAGCAGCCAAUGGAGCUGGCGUUAAUGCCACCGAUUCCACACCGAUUGCUGGCAAUCACAGCAAUAGCAACAGCAACAGCAACAGCAGCAGCAACAAAGCAGCUGAAAAACGCAAUGCGAACAGCAGCAGCAGCAACAACAACAACAACAAUAGUAUUGGUGAGGCCUUCCACCACCAUCGGCUGCACCAGCACGCCAUACCGCUGACGGUGGAGCCGGCGGCACCCUUGGAGCAGACUGAAAAGCUAGAGAUCAAAUUGGAGGAGUCGCCAGCGUUGAGCUUGCAGCGAGCAGCUGUGGCUGCUGCAGCUGCACAGGAAAACGGACGCAGCUCACCAUCCAAGGCAUUGCUGGCUGAAAUGGACUUCGAGAGCAAGCUAGCUGCCUCAAAGAUAUCGAUUGCCCUGGCCAUGGCCAAUACGAAGCUGCAGGGCGGCGCCAUUCAGGAUGCAUCGGAGAUAAACGAAAGUGAAUCGGAGGAUGAGGAGACGGCCAGCGAGCCGGGCACAUCCACCGAGGCACAAGAUUCGCAGGAUCACGAUGUCCAAAUGGGCUAGGCCCAACUGCCCCCGAUCCCACAAUUCACACCAAGCCAGUCAAAUUAACUUGUGCCAAAAAAGUCGAAUAUUGCUCAAGCACUCGGCCAGCUCUCACCCAAGAUUCGU